AGGAAAGUUAAAAGUUUUAUAAUAAUUUUAGGCAAACAAAAGCAACAACUCUUUAAUUAGUUUUAUAUAUUUAUUAUAUUUGUUUUGUAAAAUUAUAAACUAUUCCUUAAAAAAAUGGAUUUCAUGAGUAUCUGCGAGAUUUAGAUUAUCAGUUUUGUGCGCACAAAUAAUCAAAAUUAGAUUCUUAUUACAAAUAUAAUUCAUCAUUCAUUUAUCUAAUGUCAACCCUGAGCGAAACAAAUGAUUCGGUUAUGACGCAGCAUUUUGCCAAAAUUCACGAACCUAACCGACCACAAAGAAGUGAAGUCAUAAAUGUCCAACAAAUUAAAACUCCCGAGGGCAAUAUAGGAAGCACUAGGACAAGCUCUACUACAACCAAGAAAGAUCAAAAUGGGCACACCCAGUCCAUAAAAUUCACCGAAAAAGAAAUCUUUGACCCUUCUCAAAAUGGGCAUUCUUUAACAGAAGAAAAUGAUAAUUCUUUUACUCAAAAUACAGGAUCGGAGUUAGCAAAAAAAUUGUCUCAGUUAGGCAGCAGUGGCAAGAUUACAGUUUCAUCGAAAAUCUUCAAAGAUGGUGAAGUCACUACUAUAACAAAGACCACUAAUUUCGGUCCCAAGUCCGAGAAAACUAACGAUGCCAUAAAAUCGGUCACACAAAUAAAUGGUACAGCUGGCAAUGUCUCUACAUCUCGUUUAUUACAUUCUCCUAGUUCAAUCAAAGAUCUCCUUCUUAAAUGGUGCAGGGAUAAAACAGUUGGUUAUAAGAACGUAGAUAUCACCAAUUUUUCUCGUUGUUGGGCUAAUGGUUUAGCCUUUUGCGCUCUCAUUCAUAGCUACUACCCCGAUGCAUUCGAAUUUCAGGAACUCUCACCGACAAAUAGGAGGAAUAACUUGGAAAUCGCUUUUAAAACUGCCGAAGAAAAGGCUGACAUCUAUCCACUACUAGAAGUCGAAGAUAUGAUAGAAAUGAAGGAUCACCCUGAUUGGAAAUGUAUUUUUACUUAUGUUCAAUCGCUUUACAAAGGCCUCAGGGAUAAGAAAUGCCUCAAUCCUUACGACCCCCGCACUCAAAUGGAUUCUAUAGAUGACAAAAAUGAACUUAUUUUAUAAUAAAAUUUAAUCGAUUUUUUUUCAUAAUGUCCACCGGUUAAAAAAAACUUGAUUUGAUUAAUAUAUUUCAAUUUAUAUUAUAGAAGACUAACCCAAUCGUAACUGAUGCAACAUGUGGGACAAAAAUUUAAUAAAGCAAAAUAUAUAAAUUAAAUAAUUAUGAAAAUAAAUAUUUUAAUUCAAAUGAUUAUAAAAUUCUUCAAAAAGAAUUAUAAAUUUUGAUAAUUUAUUUAGAUUGAUUUUCGUUUUAUUAAUUUCAUAAUUGUUCCACUCUUAUUCCGAGAGUUUAUAUUUUUUUCUUAAAUGUGUCCGGUUUAUAUAAACUUUUUAUACAGCAAAAUUUA